AUGUCAAGUCCUCGACACUCGCCGCCCCCCUCCGCCGCGGCUCCCAAGCCAAAGGGCAUCCUCAAGAAUUCUGCUGAACGCAGACCAUCUCAGGGCGAGGCGCUCAGCCAGGACGAUGACGCAAACAGGCUGCAAUGGGACGAAACCAAUCUGACACUCCACGAGAUCGAGCGCGAGCAGCAGGAGGCUCGCAUGAAGAUCGACGAGCCCAAGACGCCAUUUGUCCACGGCACAUCGCUCAAUCCUGUUGGCGACGAAGACAUGUUUGAGCUUGACGGUGCUGCGCCAAGUACCAGCUCUGGAAGCCGUCGAAGCUCUUCAGCAGCCGAUCAGCUCGCCGCCAACACAUCCGCCAAUGCAGGGCGUGCACCUGGCGAAGGCCUAGGUCUCGCCGUCGGACUCGACGCGGCAGACUUGGCCAACGGAAUGGGCGGAACGGCCUCAGGAUCUGAAGGACAAGUGAGACCCGGCUCAGCCAGGUCGACAUCACGUUCGCCGUCCUUCUCGCUGCCGCCCAAGAGCCCCUCUUCGCGCCGAUCCAGCUCGCGCUCUGCCACUGCCGCUGCUGCUGACGAUCAGAGGAGUGACGUCCGACAGCAAGCUCACGACAUGGACGUCGACGGUGCCGACGACGGCGCAGUAGAGGAAGAGGACGCUGAUCCUGAGACACAAGCCAAGCACGCCGCCUUUGCUGCCAAGAGGAAUCAGCACUACGGCAAUGAGGCAGAAGCGAUGAAGAUUGCGGCUGCGCUCGCUGCGCGCGACGAUGACGAGGACGAAGAUGAGGAGGAUGCAGGCGGUUUGCCUCCUGUUCCAAGCGUCCCCAACGGUACCGCUGCCAGGUGA